UAGCACGGACUAGCCACGUAAUCAUUUGUCGAAUACUAUUACAUAUUACGCAUUCACAUUUGUUCCCUUUUCGAUAAAAUAGCUAUUUCACUUAAUUGCUAAGAUGCAUACUGUGUCAGUUAUUGUGAUGGUUUUUGUUCACGUGUGGUUUUUGGAUGGCUGAACGGUCGAUGUGGCAUACAGCUGCGACAUUUACAAACAAAAAGAGGAAGUAACUCAAGUGUGGUGCUGGGACAUCACAACGUUGUUCAGAUGCAAAGAAUCAAGCUGGAAACCAGUGUAUGAGUUGGGCCUCUGCUCUCGAAACGAGUGUUGCCCGGGGUACCAAGGACCAAGCUGUGAACCCGUGUGCUUCGAUCCGUAUGGUUGCCCAAAUGGAGGCAUAUGCAAGGCUCCUGGAAUAUGCGAAUGCAAACCAGGGUUCAUCGGAAAUCAAUGUGAUGACAUCAACGAGUGCGGUAGGUUGAACGGCGGCUGUUCUCACGAGUGUGCCAACACCCCUGGAUCAUACCGCUGUUCUUGCCCAGAGGGUUUCAACAUUGCAACCAACAUGCACACUUGCAUCGAAAUACGCACAACAACGCUAUCACCUCCACCCGGUGCUUGCGCAUUAAAUAACGGAAACUGCUCCGACACCUGCGUGGAAACCAAUAAUGGUUCCCGGCAUUGUAAUUGUCCAAAAGGAUAUGAGAUCUCGGAGAAUGGAACCACGUGCAAAGAAAUAGAUCUACAGCCACUAGCGAUUGUUUCCAUCAAAGAUAACUUUCUUCUUGACGUGAUUCUUAUGCUGUCGCUGUCAGUGAUCACACUUCUGUUACUGUUGGUCAUGUGCUGCUUCAGGAGGAAGAGUUUUGAUUGGCACGUUAAGGUGACGUCUUCGAUGACAUCCUUGGUUCGCAAUGUGAAGCAAAGGUGGGGAGACUGGAGGAAGUCGAAGAAGCCAAUGUACGAGAAGAUCAGGACUGUACAAGAGGAGUACGAACACGACUACGGCCAAAACAGUGAUAUCAAGCGUCCGUUGGUUACGAAUGAAGAUAUUUGUAAUAUCUAGUACGCUGUGCGUGCUCAUAGCUAAUUCGGUCAUACACAUGUGUGCAGUCUGAGGAGUACUGGGGGUUGUUUUGCUUGAUUAAGAUAGAUUUCAGUAAUGUAGGGUUGUGGUAGUAUGUAGUGUUUGCAGUCAAAGCUGUUUUCGUCCCACUUGCAAGUGAAAUACUCACUUUUUUUCCA